CGCGGGCGGCCCUUUUGGGCUGUGCUUCCUAAGCAGGCGCGGCUGGGGAGUCUGCACGGCUUACCGCUGGUUCGCGUCCCGCCCGGGGAGAGGACGUGUGUGCACGACGCGCUGGUUUUGUGACGGUGAUGAUGAAGCUCUGCGUAUCCUGGGGAGCCCGCCGCCCAUGCUAUUGGAGGGCUGGAGGUAAUUGAGAGAUAGAAAACGUCACUUUCCACCAUGAAGGAUUCUUCUGGAGAUGUUGGUUUAAUGGGAUUGUGGAAGAGAAUGAUUCCAAUAUCUGGCAGUUCUGGUACACCAAUCAGCCACCAUUGAAGAACUGCACGCACGCUUACCUGUCGCCAUAUCCCUUCAUGAGAGGAGAGCACAACUCGACCUCCUAUGACUCUGCAGUCAUUUACCGUGGCUUCUGGGCGGUCCUGAUGCUUCUUGGGGUAGUUUCUGUGGUGACUGCGAGCUUUUUGAUCAUCUGCGCAGCCCCCUUCGCCAGCCAUCUUCUCUAUAAAGCCGGAGGAGGCUCCUACAUCGCCGCAGGCAUCCUGUUUUCCCUGGUGGUGUUGCUGUAUGUCAUCUGGGUCCAGGCAGUGGCUGACAUGGAAAGCUACAAAAACAUGAAAAUGAAAGACUGUUUGGAUUUCACCCCUUCUGUGCUGUAUGGCUGGUCAUUUUUUCUGGCCCCAGCGGGGAUAUUUUUUUCUUUGCUAGCUGGAUUACUAUUUCUAGUUGUUGCACGGCAUAUUCAGUUACAUCACUAAUCAAACUGUUGCCGCCAGUAUUUUCUUGAGAGAUUUUAAAACAGAGCAUUUUUUAAAAAAUUUUGUCUCCGUGAUCCUAGCAUAGAAUGAGUUGAUGUAACUUUUUAGCUGCUAUGUGAAUUAUCCAUUUUACUUGUGAUCUUCUCUAAUAAGAGGGUCCUAGAAUCUCUCCAGACUCCAUCUUGCUUCCAUCUUAUCUAAGUGCUCUCAAGAACCUAGAUUUUUAGGGAACAGGUAACAUGGGCCUUCCCUUCGCUGCACUUGUUAGAGUUUGCGGGUAACAAAGGCCUGGCAGUACCAGAAAACAGUCACCAGGGGCAAAUCAUGAUUUGAGUUAAGCGUCCUCCUUGACAUUCACUUCUGCUGCUAUUAAAAAAUCCUUUGGAAUCCCAUAUCUGAUACGAGGUUAAUAUCCAGAAUAUAUUAAGAACUCCUACAGCUUAACAACAAUAACAGCAGCAACAGCAAAGCAAAUACCAGAUUUAAAAAGGGGCAAAGGACCCGAGCGGACGUUUCUCCAAAGAUGAUGUACAAAUGGCCAAAAAAGAAAAAAAAGUCCUUUGGAGAUGAAUUAAGAACAACAAACAAUUGUUGUCAGAGAAUUUACUCCAUUUCUUCUCCACACACAUAAAUAUCCACAUACACACGUACUGACACCUGUGAGCAGAUUAUUCAUUAUUUAAAAAUAGACAGCAGUUGUUCUUGUAGCAGGGGCUGCGUGAACUCGUCAGUUACAGUGGGUCACAACAAAAACAACAUGUACUUAUUCCGCUUUCUUACCAAAAACAAGUUUGGUUAUGUAACAUAUUCACUUAAUUGUGCAUGCUUACAUAAAUCUUAAACUAUAUUUAAAAGAAGCAAAUCUGUACACCAAAUCACAUACAAUGAAGAUUGGAUUUUUAUGAACUUGAAGUGGGUUAAUUGUAUAUGUAAUAUGGUUGAAAACAUGUAAAAACCAAGCGCCUUCAAUUUGUACAUAAUUCUAUUCGAUAUUUUUAGAUUUCAUUUAAAAAUUAUAUUGCUAAUAUGUUCAGCAUGUGAAAAUUUAUUGGUGAAAUGUGCUUUUAAUAUGCACUCAACUAUAAACUUUCGAAAUACUUACAGAUGAGGAUGACAACAGCCUUGCUUUAUUAAAGACCAUGAAAUGUGAA